AUGGACCCAACUGCUCGAAUGCUUCUAGAAGUCACAUAUGAAGCUCUCGAGAACGCUGGACUGCCUGUGGACGAUCUCAUUGGAAGCAAUACCAGCUGUUACGUCGGAUGGUUUACUCGUGAUUUUCAUGAGAUGCUCAUGCCUUGCUCUUCAAACCUCGUCGGCCUUCACCUUGCGUGUCAAGGGCUGAGAUCAGGCGAGUCCAAAAUUGCAAUUGUGAGCGGAGCAAACCUGAUUCUAAGUCCUGAUCUGGCGAUUUUCCUGUCAAAUCUCCAUAUGUUGUCCAAGGAAGGUCUUUCGAGAUCUUUCGCAGAUGGUACGACCGGUUAUCGCCGAGGCGAAGGAAUUGCAACAGUGAUCCUUAAGCCCCUUAAGGAUGCGAUACGAGACCAGGACAACAUUCGUGCAGUGAUCAGAGGAACAGGUGUCAACCAAGGUGGCCACACCACGGGUAUUACAUUGCCAAAUAGCGAUGCCCAAUCAGAGCUGAUAAAAUCAACGUACCGUACAGCAGGGCUAGACUUCUCUGACACUGGUUACUUUGAGGCUCCCGAUACCAGAACAGCCGCUGGAGACCCCUUGGAACUGGCUGCUGUCGCUAACAAUCUCGGAUCAGUACAACGGCCCGGAAACAGUCUUCUUGUAGGCUCAGUCAAGUCCAACAUUGGCCACCUUGGAGGUGCAGCAGGCUUGGCAGGUGUGAUUAAAUGUAUACUCAUGGCUUGA